GAGCGAGAUGAUCAUUGUCGUAGAGGAAACGAGGAGCGAAAGCAGAGAUACCCAUCAGAACAAGAGCACAGGAGAGAGAGGAGUGGUGACAGAGAUCGACACAGAGACCACUCGGACAGGAGGAAGAAUCCAACUGAAAGGCCUGGAGUUCGAGGCCACGAACGAGAGAGGGAUGUUCAGAACAUCCGCGAGCAGCAAGCAGAGAGGGAGUUUUACAACGAGAGAAGACGAGAGCAUCGACAAAAUAACGAAGGCGGUGGUGCUCACCCGAAUCCAGAACUCGGGCAGUCUGAUAACAAACCCAAAGAAAAAGCUGCUGUAAAGAAAGAGAAGCCAAGCUUUGAACUGUCUGGUGCGCUUCUAGAGGAUACCAACACCUUCCGAGGUGUUGUGAUUAAGUACAGCGAGCCCCCCGAAGCUCGGAUUCCAAAGAAGCGAUGGCGCCUCUAUCCUUUCAAGAACGAUGAGUUUCUCCCGGUCAUGUACAUCCACAGGCAGAGUGCUUAUCUUCUGGGCAGGCACCGCAGGAUCGCCGAUAUUCCCAUCGACCACCCCUCCUGCUCAAAGCAGCACGCUGUGUUUCAGUACCGGUACGUAUUGCUCUGCCUGCAGCUGAAACGGGAUCACGCA